UGUAACCGCGCGGAAUGAGGCAAGAGCUUGUGGCGCCCGUGAUUCGGCCGUACUAAUACAUCGUGCCAUCCUCCAAGACGGCUUCUGUUCCUCUCUUUCUUCCUCUUACAAUUCAAUCAAUCAAAUUUCGCCCAUCUCGACAAAAAAGUUACAUACAGCCCAAUCGCUCCGAGAAACGACUAGUCACCUUCCUCUACAGACAUCCACAAUCCACAAACAUGUCCAAGUCCAAGGCUCCCGUCUUCCUCGGUCUCUCCGCCGCUGGUGGCAUCGGCUACUACCUCUACAGCGCAGGCGGCAACCCCAAGGCCGCCGAGGCCAAGUUUGAGAGUGACGUACACAAGGCAUCCGCUGAGGUCAAGUCGCACCUCCCCGGCGGUCGCACCCCCGACGCCCAGAACAAGGGCGCCCAGGUCGGUGCCAAACUGGACGAGGCCGGCGCGAAGCUCGACUCUGCUGUUGCUGAGGCCGACAAGAAGUUCUCCGCGACCAAGAGCAACGUUGAGGCUUACGCCAAGGACGCGAAGGCGGAGGCCCUGAAGAAGGUUGACGCCUUUGAUAAAAAGGUCGAGGACGAGGCCGCAAAGGCCAAGAGCGGCAUCUCCAGCUGGUUCGGCGGCAAAUAAGCUCGCAGGGUUUUGGCGUUUCUUCUUUUCAAACCUGUUUAUACGGGUCCAUCAUGACACGGGGCAUCGGUUGCGAUUUCAACUCGGGAAUAGGAGUCUUGUGUGAUAUGAACCAAUUCUAAUAGGUUGUCUCAAAUUCGCUGAAUAUA